AUGAGCAACAUCAAAGGUGUAGAAUAAUAAACCAAGUCUAAAUAUAAUGAACCACAUGUUGAAAAUGUAUUAGUUGGUUUGAGAUUAAGACCCACAGAUUCCAAUGAUAAAAUAUGUAAUAUUGUCAACGAGAAAUCAGUCAUUGUUAAAAAAUCUAAUGAGCGCUUUUCAUUUGAUAAUGUAAUCUAUUCAACUGAGAAUAGGUAUUCGAUGAAGCUGCAUCCUCAAAAGAUAUCUUCACCAAAAUGGUCUAACCGAUUGUACAGAAAUGUCUUUUAGGAUAUAAUGGCUCCAUUUGUGCAUAUGGGUAAACAAGUUCUGGAAAAACAUACACUAUGAAGGGGAGCAAUAAGGAACCAGGACUGAUUUAGUUAUCAAUUGAUUAUCUGCUUCAAUCCAUUAAUAAAGUUUAAAUUCUAUGUGAUCAUAGAUUACAGAUACCUUUAGCAACUUAAAGAUUUCAUAUAUAGAGAUUUACAAUGAAAAUAUUUAUGAUCUCUUGAUUAGGGAUCUUUAAGAAAUGAAACCUAACACAUCUAAUGAAUAUAAAUGGGAAACCAUCAAUUCAUUAAUUUAAUUCGAAGAAAUUUUGUAUUUAAUUUAGCUCAUUUAUUUUUAGUAAAUUGGGUGAAGAAUAACGACAUUUUGGAGAAACUAAAAUGAAUGACAAUUCUUCAAGAUCUCAUGUCAUCUUGUAGAUUGCCAUAGAAACAAGAUAGAAGUGUCCUCCAUUUAUCAUUCGCAACUCUUAUCUCCACUUAGUUGAUCUGGCUGGUUCUGAAGGAUUAUCAAAGACUUAAGCUGAAGGAUUGAGAAGAAAAGAAGGAUUUCUAAUUAAUAAAAGUUUAUUGGCACUUCAAAAUGUUGUAUCGAAACUCAAGGAAAAUAAAAAAGAUUAAUUUGUCAACUUUAGAGACUCCAAAUUAACUAAAAUACUCAAACCUAGUUUGAAUGGUAAUUCAUUGACUGUUAUGCUAUUAACUAUCAGUCAAAAUAAUGAAAAUUAUUUAGAAUCUGUCAACACAAUGAGAUUUGGUAUGUCUGCUGGUGCAUUGAAAAAUACUGUAAAUCCCAAUGAAAUUUAAGAAUCUAAUUCAUUCUAGAAUGAAGCCUAUAAUGAGAUGAUUGAAUAAGUGGAAAAUUAUCAGACAUAGUUACAAGAAAUAUAAUAAUAACUAGAUUUUUAUAAAAAUCAAAGUGUGGAUGAGUAAAACACUAUCAGAUAAAUAAAAGAAUUGGUAAUGGAAAAAAAUAUUCUGAUUGAAGAUUAAUUGAAAACAAUUACAGAAUAAAAUAUUGAAAAGUAGCGUCUAUAGGAUUAAAUUUAUUAGCUAUAAAGAUGCAAUUAAGAAUUAAUUUCUACCUCAAAUGAAAAUUCAAAUUACCUUAAUUAUUUUCGAAACAUAGUUGAAACUAAAGGAGUCUUGAAUCCUAAACUUAUGGUUGAAUGUAUAACCUAAACUGAUAAUUGUGAAGCAGAAUAAUAAAUUAAAGUAUUGGAAUAGGAAAAUGUUUCACUCAAAUAAUAAAUUAGCGAGAUGAAGAAUAAAUUCUCAUAUGAGAUUUAGGAUGUUAAAGAUAUGGUUUCAGGAAUUAAAAAAAAUAAAGAGUUUACACCUGCAAAGAAAUUAAAAUUUUAAUCCAAUAAAGAUCUAAAUGGAUAAAAUGAAAACUAAAAAGAAGCCAAGACAUGGUUAUAAAAAAGUCUUUAAAAAACUAAUUAAUAUUUAGAAUCACUAAAUCUCUUAAGUAUUUAUUAUUGAUAAGAAAAUAGCUACUCUUUAAACUUAGUUAAUCGAAUAAACUAAAUAGAAUAUGAUUCUCCGUAAUUUUCUGGACAAGAAAGAAUUAGAAUAUACUGAAUUGGAGAGAGCCAAUUUUGUACUUCACAAAUCGAUAUUUGAUUUAUAAGAAAAGUUAAGUGAAAUUCAAAAUGAUGAUAAAAAAGAGAAGUAAAAUUUGAAUUAAUAUAUCUAGUGCAUGGAGGAUGAAUUCUGAAAAAUCAAAUAAACAAGAAUCUCUAAUCAAGAAGAGAGAAAGACAAAGAUUAUAUUAGAGUCCCACUAAAGAUGAACUUAAAAGAAACUUAUUUAGAUAGGAAUAGAGGAAUUAGAUAUAUGAAAAAGAGUUAAAUAAAUACAUGAAGAAUUUGGAUUAAAGUACAUUUAGUAUUAAUUUAAUAGUAUCGAAAUAAAAAUAAGAACUUUAAUAGUUUUCACAUCAUUUAUAUAUGGCUUGCAUAGAGAACAAUAUUUAAAUAUGA